GCACAGGAUGAGGAAAUGAAGUGGAGCAAGAGCGUGACUUCACCCCUUUAUUGCCUUGCAAAUCUCUCUGUGUCAAAAACACACAGCCCUUUGCCCGGACAUAUCAGUAGAGAGCUGGCCUGGAUCCUCUUCUGACAGCUGAUGGCUGAAACGAACCCUCAGCCGCCCGCCACGGGCUCCUCUGGUACAUUUGACCAGGUCCAGAGCCAGGUCAAUGAAGUUAAAGUUAUACUGAAAGACAACAUCAACAAAGUGCUGGAGAGGGGCGACAGAUUAGACGAUCUCAUCGGCAAGACAGACGACCUCCAAGCAUCUGCCGACUCCUUCCAAAGAACGUCCACACGGGUCGCCCGGAAAUACUGGUGGAAGAACAUUAAAAUGAUGAUCAUAAUUGGAGUAAUUGGGCUGAUUAUUCUGAUACUCAUAAUCCUCGCUUCCACUAAGGUCAUUUAAUUGACCACCACCCGUAUCGGCUUCAGAUUCAAACCUCUGAAGCUGAGGUGAUCACCACCAGACAAUCAUUUGCACACAUGAAUGUGUUGUAUAUUUCAAAAUGUUUAUGUAAAUUUAAACAGUAUGUGAUUUUUUCACUGAGGUCUCUGUGAUGACGGCUGAUGAUAUGAAGUCAACAAUCAGAGAUGCUGAGAUUAAACCAUUACACUCCACAUGCAAAAAUCACUUAAUCCAUGUUCAACAAACACAGACGAGGGCUAGUUUGUCGUUUUUAUUUUGAUCGCUUUAAUGUCCAAUACAUCACGUGUAUAUAAUGUAUGUUUAGGGAUGUCAAACUCUGUAAGAAUAUCUGUAUCAUUUGACUGAUGAACACCAUAAAGUAGGUAAACUGUG